UCGAGAGGGGAGGUUCGCGCGGCGUUGUCUGUCCGCGACGCUGCCGCUCGAACCGGCUUUUCGCGCGUCUCGUCCAGUGCCGCGUGGGCGCGCGCGCGCGUGUAUGUGUGUGUGUGUGAGUGCCAUUCCGUGUGAGAGUGGGUGAUUGCGCCGAGAAGAGCUCCUGCCCUGUGUCAUGGCCCGGCGCCGAUCCCCGCGUGUGUGUCAUCGGUGAAAGGUGUUAGUGUGUCAAGUGUAUCGUGCAAGUGCCGAAUCGGGGCCGAGUUGGCUGCCGACCGAUUGUGAUUUCGUGCGAGAGUUUGUGCCCUGUGGAUAAUGUCGCCCUUGAGGACGAUCGCCCGGCGUAACUACGCCACUGUCCUGCUCCUGGCCGGCGUCCUGGUCACCGUAGCCGCAGUCGGAGCCUCCAAGUCCAGCGCCCAGCAGAAUAAUGGCGGCGUCCACGCCCACCACGGCCACCGGGGCACCUCGUCCAAGCUGCGCCACUCGCGCCACCUGCUGGGCAAGCCCAACACCAGCCCCAGCCACGCCACCGCGGAGCUGUACUCGGACCAGGACCUGGGCUACGGCGGCACGGCCGAGGGAAAGUUCUCCGGCACGCGGCUGACCGUGCACGACAACCACAAGCCCGUGUUCACCAACUGCUCCCGCUACCAGCCCGUCAUCAAGGAGGAGGAGCCCCUGGGCACGCCCGUGCUCACGGUGAAAGCGUACGACAAAGACCCUCCUGAAAACGGAGGAAAAAUCGUCUACACUUUCGUGUCUGCGCCGAAUGAAAGGCUCAAGUUCAGCAUCAAUGCUGACACCGGUGUCAUUACCACCAGAUAUACCUUUGAUCGAGAUGAGCCAACUAGGGAGAAGGAGGUUUAUCUCACUGUUCGGGCUACUGACAACGGCAAACCGCAGCUUGAUGAUGUGUGCACCAUCAAGGUGACCAUCGAAGACAUCAAUGACAACCAACCAGUUUUCGACAAAGUGAAUUAUGCUGAAUCAGUUCCUCAAGAUUUGGUGGUUGGUAGAGAAGUGAUGCGAAUUUCUGCUACCGAUGUUGAUGAUGGCAACAAUAGUUUUGUACUGUACGAUUUGGAGCCCAGAAUGCCAGAAGAUGAAGGAUACUUCCGUGUUGAUCGCCACACAGGUGUCAUUUACUUGGCUAAAAACAUUGAUCGAGAUCCAAGCUACCGCUUCAGGAUGCGGGCGACAGCCACUGAUCAGGGCAUAGAACCAAAGAGCACAUCUAUUGAUUUGGAAAUUGUUGUUGUUGAGUCUCACAAGAAAGCACCUUCUUUUACCAGAAUCGAGCCUGAAGGGCCCAUUGUUUUGAAAGAAAAUUUUAUUGAUUAUGAAUUUAACAUUGCUACCAUCACUGCUCAGUCCAACACUGAUGAAAAAGCUCCUGUUUUUGAGUUGGUUGCUGGAAGAACUGAUCAGACCAAUAAACAGCAGACUUUCCUCCUAACUCCUCAUGGCAACACUGCCUAUAUUCGAAUGGCGCGGCCGAUGGAUUUUGAGUCAAUAUCAGAAUAUACACUCACUGUCCGCAUUCAGAACAAAUACAAUCUUGCUGCUGAAACUAAAAUUAACAUUCAAGUUGAAGAUGUGAAUGACAAUAUUCCAUCCUUUACUGAGGUGGUUUCUGGUAGUGUUUUGGAAAAUGAACCUCCAGGUACUCCAGUUAUGCAAGUGAGAGCCAUAGACUCCGAUGCUACGUCAGCCCACAACCAAGUCACAUACGAGCUUGGUGACCAACAAGAUUUUUUUGCCAUUGAUCGUUAUACUGGCAACAUAACAACUUUAAAAACCUUUGAUCGUGAGGAAAGAGAUUCUUACAAUGUGAAAGUAAUUGCAACUGACAAUUCACCCUCUGCUCUAUACAGCACUGGGGAACCCAAUAAAGGAGAACAAGUCUUUCGCAUUGAAAUCGCGGAUAAAAAUGAUCAUCCACCUCGCUUCACUCAAGAUGUCUAUGUUGCUGAGGCCAUCCCUGAAGAUGCAAAUAUUAAUGCACUUGUGACAGAAGUGAAGGCUCUGGACAAUGACACAGCGUCACCUGUAACUUACAGUAUUGUGGAGGGUAAUACUUACAAUGCAUUUUUUAUAGAGCCAACUACAGGGAAAGUCAGGGUCUACAACCAGCUGGACUAUGAAAAUAUUACAAGCUAUACCUUAAGAGUCCGUGCCUUUGAUGGAGCUUUUGAGGAUUAUUGCAGAGUAGAAAUCAAAAUUUCGAAUGUAAAUGACAACCCACCUGUGUUCUACCCAUAUGAUAAUAAUAUCACCAUCCCUGAAGAGAAACUUGUUGGUGGCUGUAUAACAGAGUUAAAGGCUUAUGAUCCUGACAUACCAGACCGUAAAGCUGAGCAAUACAUUGUUUACUUUGUUGUAAAGCAAGACCAGCAAAAAUUCCUUUCUAUUGAUAAACACGGAUGUCUUUCUCUAACAAAGCCUUUGGACCGAGAUCCCCCAGAUGGUUUUGAAAUUUGGCAGAUUCUGAUUGCUGCUAAUGAUGAAAAUGGAAAUUCAACAAGUUUGCGAUCAACCACUGAAGUUGUGAUAACACUUACUGACAUAAACGACAAUGCCCCUUACCUGGAUAUGCCUUAUCCUGUUAUUUGGAGAGAGAACCUACAACCGGGGAAAAUCACUGACCUUCAUGCAAAGGAUAAUGAUGGUCCAGAAAAUGGCCCACCCUUCAGUUAUGCCAUUGCCCCCAUUGCAGAUGAAGAAAUCAAAUUGAAGUUUGGCAUCUACAACACUGAGUUGAGAGCGUUGGUUGUCUUUGACCGAGAGGAAAAGAAGAGCUAUCAAGUUCCCAUAAUGAUAACAGACAGUGGUGUUCCAACAAUGACAGGAACCAGUACAUUGAAUGUAAUUAUUGGUGAUCAGAAUGACAAUGCGAUGAAAUCUGGACAAAGUUCUAUUUUUGUCUACAACUACAAGGGUGAAUCUCCAGACACAGAAAUUGGUCGAGUGUAUGUUGAUGAUCCUGAUGAUUGGGACUUGCCUGACAAGUAUUUUGCAUGGACGGGCAACAGCCAACAUCCUCAUUUCAAUUUGAAUAGUGGCUCUGGCAUGAUCACCAUGUAUCAGGGAACUCCUAAUGGAACUUAUGAACUUCACUUCACAGUUACUGAAGAAAGUGCGCUGAUUUCCCACCAUUCUGUUGAAGCUGUUGUGAACGUUACUGUAAAAGAAAUCCCAGAAGAGGCUGUAGACAAGUCUGGUUCCAUAAGGUUUGUUGGAGUGACUGCUGAGGAUUUUGUCAGCCCAAAUGAGCACGGCAUUAGUAAACAGGAAUUGUUACGCAAUCGGAUUGCUCAUAUGUUAAAUGUGAGCAUACACAAUGUCGAUGUCUUCACUGUACUACAUUCCCCCCAUAACACAAACACAAGUCUGUUGGAUGUCAGAUUUUCUGCACAUGGUUCUCCUUAUUACUAUCCUGAAAGGUUAAAUACUGCCGUUCUGAAGCAUCAAGAACAGAUUGAAAGAGAACUGGGUGUCUCUAUUCUCAUGGUCAGUAUUGAUGAAUGCUUGGUUGAGAAAACCUUCUGUGAAUCCUCUUGCACCAACAUUCUCAGCAAAAGCUCCACUCCUUAUGCUGUCUACACAAACACCUCAUCAUUUGUUGGAGUGAACGCUGUGGUCGAUCCUGCUUGUGAAUGCCAACCAAACCCUGAGAUACGAUGUCUAAAUGGUGGAACUCGUAUUGGUGAUAGUUGUGAGUGCAUGGAAGGUUUUGAUGGACCUAAUUGCGAAGUUGUUGGUAUUGGAUUUUAUGGUGAUGGAUAUGCAUUAUAUCCUCCGUUCCAAGCAUGUGCUGAAGCUCACCUAACAAUGGAGCUACGUCCCUACAAACCCGAUGGGCUUGUGUUUUAUGUGGGUCCCAUGAAGCAUAAUCCUGUUUUGCCUGUUCAAGAUUUUAUGGCUCUGGAACUGCGCAAUGGUUUCCCAGUUCUAUACGUUGAUUAUGGUUCAGGCACUGUUCGGAUGGAACAUUCCAAAAUUAACUUGAAUGAUGGUGAAAGUCACCGCAUUGACAUUCUUUGGAGUGACAAGAGUAUUGAAAUGAAAGUAGACAGCUGUCAAACUCUAUCAUGUCUUGCUUUGCAACCACCUCAAGGCCCCAAUGAAUUCCUAAAUGUAAACGGUCCACUUCAAGUUGGUGGAUCUGCUGUCAGCCUCAGAGGCCUGGCCAGCUCUUUCAACUGGACUCAUAAACCCAUGGAUUUAGGUUACAGUGGAUGUGUCAGAAAUUUCACAUUCAAUCAAAAGACUUACAACCUGGGCAUGCCAAGUUUAUCAAAGAAUGCAGACCCUGGCUGCAACACCGGAAUGGCCAAAGCUGUUUCUUUUGGGAUUGACACAAAUUUCCUUGUUGCUAUUCUCGUGUGCAUUGCGAUCCUUCUUAUCUUGCUUCUUGCUGUUGUUGUGCAUCGUCGCAAGUCUGAUGAUCUCUACAAGGACACCGAUGAUAUUCGCGAAAAUAUCAUCAAUUAUGAAGAUGAAGGUGGUGGUGAGGGUGAUAUGACUGGCUACGACCUCAACGUGCUGCGCUUGCAGUAUGAUGGUGAUAACUAUAGUCUUCCUCAUGACAAAUCCCCUCAAUCAAACCAUGUGCAAAGAAGAGAUGAUGUUCCAGACAUUUGUGGUUUCCUUGAUGGAAAGAAACAAACAGUUGACGCUGACCCUGAAACAAAUCCAUUUGAUGAUGUUCGUCACUAUGCUUAUGAAGGUGAUGGUAACACCUCUGGUUCAUUGUCCUCUCUUGCAUCAGGUACUGAUGAGGGUGAUCUGAACUUUGACUACCUCUCAAGUUUCGGACCACGUUUCCGCAAAUUGGCAGACAUGUAUGGAGAGGAUCCAAGCGAUGAAGAGGAUGAAAACUACCACACUCCAGCAUCUGAAUCUUGGUGUUGAGAGUGGCGUACAUCAGGGGCUGUACGUCCAGAUGUGGUCCCUGAUGUACUUUCACCCCACAUAGAAGAAGCUCAAAGUGAGGAAGAGGCCGCUCUUGUAGCAACCAGUGUUCUGAUUCAAGACUACUAUUCCAAAUUAAGGGACUAUUAUUUAAAUUGUUUUAAUAUGGUGACUUAAGAAACUAUUGUUCCAAUUCUUUGGUAACCUGAUUAUUUUCAUUCCUUUCUUUCAUUUUUUUGACAACGACCAAGGUUCUGAUUAUUUUAUUUGUUCAAAAUUUUGUCUCGGGAUUGAAGAUGACUUUGCACUGGUUUGCAUUCCUUUUAUGAACCCUGUGCCUACUGUUUUAAGUGCUCAAAUCUUUUCUCCCAAAUCCCCUCCCCUAUUCUGAGCUCUAGGCUUUGUCUGACAAAUCAAAUUGAUGAGUCCCCAUUGUUUACUUAGGAAUAUUUUAAAUUAUUGAUCAAAUGUCUGAGCAGUAUUUUGGGAGGACCUAAGUGGUAUAAGAGAUUGAAGCUGCCAAUAUAUCCACAGUCUGUGAUUAUUAGAACAUCCAUGAACUGUAAAGUAACAACCUUAUCUCAUUCAGUUCAUGAUUAUGAACAAACACUGUAGUUGUGUGAUUUAUAGGGAAACUAUGACGGCUUUGAAGAAAUCAACAAUUAUUGUUUGUUAUGAAUUAAAUGCAAGGGACAUAGAUGUUAGGUUUUUGUUCAUGGUAAUCUUAUGUUAUAUGAUAUAUAAAAUUCAUGCCAUGCCCAUUUGUAAAUAUUUGAUUUUGUAUAUCAUUUUACAUCUAUAAUUGUAAGUUGUAGCUUUUACUUUUAUUACUUGUCAUAUAAAUGUGUAGUAUGAUGUAUUAUUUUAUGUGUAAAACUGUUCUAGAAUGUGUUUUUUUUAUAAAGUGAACAAACACUGAGCACAGUAUUUGCUUUCUGUUAGUGUCUUUUCUCUUCAUUUUUUUUUCUUUGAUUGGUCAGUAUUUAUCUUAGAUUGAUGUCUCUUUAUACACUCACUUGAGUGACAAAGUCUCACAGCCAAUGAAGAUCAUUGGUGUGAAAUUUUCUGUUGUUGAGCCUGCGUAUUGAAGGCUAUCCAUGUUCAGGUAUUAAUUGGGUAAAGCAUGUCUGUAGCAGUAUUGCGUCUUGAGACACUAUUCCUAUUUGGCAUUCUUUUCACACUAGCAUCCAUCUCUGUGACUUUAAGACUGAAAUAUAUCCCUCCCCCUUUUGCAUGUUGCUUUAGCAACUGAAACGUCUAAUAACUAACAUUCCAAGCUAACAUGAUGCCUGUACUUAAUUCCAAUGUAACGGUUUCAGUACAUUUAGUUUUAUUUUUGUUAUGACUUACUUUAAAGGUAGACUUGGUGCAUGUAUUAAAAAUUGUAUACCAAAGAAUUUGAGGACAAGUAAUCAAUCAAGCUUAAUUUAAAUUGUUGAAAUUAAGAAUUGUGUAUUUCCUUUGUAACUUGCUUCAAUAAGCUUGUGUUGAUAAUUGGUGAAAAUGUGUUGUGCACAUGUAUGACACACUAUUUUAUAAGAUUCAAUACAAUUUUCCCCUGAAAUCAACAAAAAAAAAUAAGCGCACACUUUAAGAACCCUCCACCUGACCAGGCACAAGUGGUUCGACUCAUGCAUGUUAACAGAAAGUGAUUUGGUCAGGUUGGCAUCACAGGAUACCAUUUUUAAGAAAGCUUUGGAAGUAUAAGUUCUUUCUCCAUAAGUCUUCAGGGAUGCAUGGCAUGAGCUUACAAUUAAGUCUUGCAAGUUCACUUUAAGAUAAGACUUUAUGUUGUUGUUCUUUAAAUGAUGCUGGCCCACUUUAUACCUUUACUUAUUAAGCACCAUGAUGCCAUUUAUCACUGAAAUAAAGUGCAUGAAACUUUUGCAUGAAGUUGUAUGGUGCCCGAGUUUAGAGAAUCGAAAGUAGUCCUCAUGUCCUUGUGGGCUAGUCGUUGACUUUGUUGUUAAUCAAGACUUAGCCGCUGAAGUUUAUACUUUAUUUUUGAAUGAGUGGAAUGUGUGAAUGAAUUAUUAAAUGGUGCUGUGAGAUUCUAAACAGUUCUGUAGAUGACUUGUACAUGUUUAUUUGUACAACAUAAGUUCUAUUUUUCCAUUCAUUAUGAUUUAAAACACUGAACUGUGUUACCAUAUCCUAAUCACUGCCAACAGGAGUAAGUCUACUAAGGAAAACCAUGUUAACAAUAGUGUGAAGAGGCAUGUCUUGCUGUGUGUUAUUUUCAGGGGUUGCUUGACAUUAUCUAUGUUAAAUCAAUAUUCAUAAAGCAAAGAGAUGAAUUUUGUACGAACACAUUAUGUACAAUUAUUUAUGUUGUAAACCAGCAACCCCUAUUAUUUUUAUCAAUUCCCAGUCAAAACUAGAAUAUUCCCUCUCAUGGAAAUGAAUCAAUAUUCUAAUCAAUUGAAAUGUUUGUAAUGUGAAUUGGCCUACCAGAUAUUACAAACACAGCUUAUAUGUUGCAUUUCUGAAUGAGGAGAGGUGAAAAGUCUAGUUAAAAUAAAGGCCACACCUAUUACAAAUUCUGGAAAAAAAGGAAAUUGAUCCAUUGAAUCAGUUUUAUAUUUUGCCCUUUAUUUUGGCAUUGAAUGUGAAACUAGUUUAUUAUUUUAAUAGGUUUGAAUUGUGUACAUAAUCAUGUUUUCAAAUUAUUUAUUUUGUGUGAAUGUGAAAAAUUUUAGUUAACUGGAAAUUUUGUACAGAACAACAUUUUUAUUGGCUUGUGUUCAAAGGAUCUAACUUUGCACAAAGGUAUACAAGAAGACUGUCUCUUGUCUUAGGAUUUUAAUGAAUUUGUAUGAACUAAUUAUUGUUGGCUUAAGAGUUGUAAGGAUUUGAAUCAGCAGAACACGGCAUUCAUUAUUGAUGUGGUGCUGAACCUUCUGGUAUGUAGGGGUAUUCUUUAAGAGAUUGAUAAUCUGAUUUAUUGUAAUUAUACUUUGUCCUCCUGAAGCUCCAUCAUUUUGUUUAGUUUUAUGUACUCGGGGCCAAACAUUCGAAGAUUCAGUUAUCGAUCUCACUUAAUAAUCUGUGUGUGUAUGUAUGUGUGAGCGCGCGCGCGUGUGUGUGCGCAUAUGUGUUGCCUGAGGGUUCAUGAACAUUCUCUUCAUUCUUGAAAUACUAUUGGACAAUGACUGUUCAGGUUAGUUCUAAUCAGAACAACCAAACCUGGGGCUUCUACGGUACAAUGUUAACACACAAGUUUGAAGACACAAACUGUAUGGACUAGGUUUUGCACAUAAGGCAAUAACUGUAUGCGUUCUUAGUGUUUUUGUAUGUACAAUUUCUCUGUUGCCAUGUGAUAAUAAGAAUGUUGUUACCUCUGAGAUGUUGGAGGCUUUUGUAAUUAAUUGUGUCAUGUGGUUAGUGCAGAUGGAAAUGGUGAUUGUAACAUUUCGUCAAUCUAUGGAAUUCCCAUCCCUUUCCUGCUGUAUUUUGAUGUGAACUGGUUGAAGAUUGUAUUAAAAAGGUUUAAAAUACAUGAUACAAGAAAUUCUAA